AUGGGAGUGCCGUUGCUGCUAACGUGGCUAAAGCGACGCUUUGCCCCGUGUUUUUUGUCAAGCAGCAGCUGCCCAGCCGCAGAUUGCCUGUAUAUUGAUGUCAAUGGCUUGGUGUACCAAGCUGCCGCCCUUGCAACUGCCAGUGAGGCAUCCGCGGUGGACAUUGACGCCGCCAUUUUGCGAAAACUGUUUGAUAUUCUUGACGACAUCGUGUUGCGUCUUGUACGCCCACGCUUUUUGGUGUACUUGGCUGUGGACGGCAUAUCCCCAAUGGGCAAGCUCGCCCAGCAGCGCUCCCGGCGGCGACGUCGUAGCGGCGGUGGAUCGCGUGGGAGAAACGCCGUUGAGUGGGACAGCAAUAGCAUCAGCGUCGGCACGCCUUUUAUGUCGCGACUGACAGAAGCGCUGCAUUUCUACUGCGCCAGCCGUGCGGAGCGCAUUAACGGAGAGCGCUUGCGGGAUGAGCUGCAACAGGUCGCGCGAGGCAACACAACAGGGGGAGAUGUCCCCGUUACCCCAAUCACGUUUAUUGUAGAUGACGUCUGGCGACCGGGUGAAGGGGAAAGUAAAAUAGCGGACGCCAUUCGACGUUUCCGCUCACAGUCAACUUACGAUCCAAACACGUCUCACGUUAUCUGCAGCUCUGACACGGAUGUGACGGUGUGCUCCUUGAUCCUUCACGAGCCACGCAUACACGUCCUCCGGUACGAGUGUUCCCCAAGUCAUCACAGCGGCGGCGCUAGUCGUGGUGGUGACAGCGGUAGUUGGCGGAAUCAAGUGGGUGACGCGUGGGCCUCGACGUUUUUUAGCAUUCACGCCUUUCGUGAGGAGUUGCGAAACAAACUCAGGCUGCAGACGAGCCGCAAGGACUCCGCAGAGGAGGCUGAGCGGAGGAACCGGCAGUUUGAACGGGCGCUUCAUGAUGUGGUAUUUGUUCUUCUCCUGUUUGGGAACGACUUUCUCCCGUCGGUGGGCUGCCGCAUUGAAGAAGGUUUCUUGGACGACCUUUUGGAGCUACUCGCCACCGAUUUCAUCUCGCGUGAUCGUUCCAUUAUUGAUCCCGUCACCAACACUAUUCAAUUUGACUCCGCCCGUUACGCACUAGACUCUCUGGCAGAGAUGCGUCGCGAGCGCGCUUGUGGCGAUGGUCUGUGUGUCGACAAUGGCAAGGAAGGCGCCACCGAUUGGGGUUUUGUCGAUGACACCUUUCGGAAGCAGAGGCAGCUGAAGGAGGAGGCGGAGUUGGCACCAAAGUGCUAUGCGUACUGGACGAUGCUGCAAUGGUCUUUGCAGAACAGUGCAGGGGUAGUGGAGCACUGGGGCUGCUACUACCCGUAUGGUACUGCCCCGCCUCUUCACUUGCUGCGAAAGUACUGCGGCAUGUUGUCGUACGAUGCCCUGAUGGAGUUGGCAAAAAAACGCAGUCAUUCGAGGCACCGUGGCGCCACGUCAGAUUCGAACGCGGUGGAAACUACGGACAAACUGUGGGAUGAUGGCCCUGGAGAUGUACUUGUGCAGCUUCUCGUGCUGCUUCCCGCACGGAGUACCGCACUCCUUCCAUCGGCUGUUCGCAACGCAUAUGGAGAGAUUGAACAUAUGGUGUUGGCCCCUGUGGAACAAAUGAACUUUUCUGCCAUUUCGGCGUGGUGUGAGGAGAAGAAAGCAAUGUUCACGGAGGAGGAGAGAACGCGAUUCCGCGCCUAUGCAUUGGCUGCCAGACCUCAUAUGCUUGCACAGGAGGUGCACGGGGCACCUAUUCAUGGGAGCGAAAUGGUUUUUGUUGCUGAUUGGGAUGCAGAAGCAUUUGCGAUGGAAGUGCAACAGGCCAAGUCCGCAAUGUUGUCCGAAAUUACAACAGCAGAAGGUUUGAAAAAGAGUGAGAAUGGUGCCGCAGCGCCAGCAGUCAGCACAUCAAGUCUGUUUGUGUCCUCUUUCUUUGACACGCGUCCAGCACGCAAGGCUUCAUCGGCGGCGGCGGCAGCGCUGAUCGCUGCGUCCAAAAAGGCUGAAGCCUCGGAUCGCAAUAACAGAAAUGAGAAGAGUGCCUGCAGCAAUGAAAGUCACACUAAUGACGCGCCUCUCACCCCCGCGGUGACCGUGCAAGAGAAAAGACCUCGUCUCUCAGAGGAGGUUGAAGUGCGACAGGGGCGUGGAUUCACUCUCGUCACAGCGCCCACAGAAGUACUGGGCGACGUCGCAAUGAUCAAGAACGUUGGUUCUGUGGUGGGUGACACCUUUGUCUGCGGUCAGCAUACCAGCCCUCCCCUGUCACGGAACCCACGGACGAUGCGUGUCCGCCUGCGCUGGCGUGUUGCCUCUAAGCCGUUGUUAACAUCGGCGACAUUUGUACCGGAUCUUCUUCCAGGAUACAUCACCCCACCGUCCCUUCCCUCGGCACCGUCUUCCUCGUCCCAUGAGACAAAUAAAGCCGUUGUGAAGCGUCCUGCGUCCGCGAUGAACGUCUCAGACAGCAACAGUGGGAACAGCGAUAACGGUGAUUAUGUCGACAAAAAGGGUGAGGUGGAAGAAGGAAAAGGGGAUUUCUCUACGUGUAAUGUCAUUUCAGAACUGGAGAAAAAGAAGGAGGCGGUGCGGCGUCGCUUGGAGGCAUUACAGUCACGCGUGGGUGGAAAUGCCUUGUGA